CUGCGAUGGCGGAUUCCGAGCUGCAGCUGGUGGCGCGGCGGAUCCGCAGCUUCCCCGACUUCCCCAUCCCCGGCGUGCUGUUCAGGGACAUCUCACCCGUCCUGAAGGACCCCGACUCCUUCCGCGCCUCCAUCAGCCUCCUGGCUAAUCACCUGAAAAAGGCCCACGGCGGCGGGAUCGACUACAUCGCGGGCCUAGACUCCCGCGGCUUCCUGUUUGGUCCCUCCCUGGCCCAGGAGCUGGGCUUGGGCUGCAUUCUCAUCCGGAAGCGAGGGAAACUGCCAGGCCCCACUGUGUGUGCCUCAUACGCACUGGAAUACGGGAAGGCCGAGUUGGAGAUCCAGAGAGACGCCCUGGAGCCAGGGCAGAAGGUGGUGGUUGUGGACGAUCUGCUCGCCACUGGUGGAACCAUGCGUGCAGCCUGUGAGCUGCUGGGCCAGCUGCAGGCCCAGGUGCUGGAGUGCGUGAGCCUGGUGGAGCUGCCCUCCCUGAAGGGCAGGGAGAAGCUAGGAGCCGUGCCUUUCUUCUCCCUCCUGCAGUACGAGUGACC